CCAACGGCGAGCCACGAAAUCAGUUCGAGGACUCAAAUCUAAGCCUUACGAAGAACGCCUCCGUUCACUAGACCUUUACCCACUAGAAUAUAGGCGUCUUAGAGGUGAUUUAUUAAUGGCUUAUAGUAUUCUUAACACUUCUGGACAUCCUCUUAAACACCUACUUAAGCUUAGUUCGAACAAUAACCUAAGGGGUAACACCCAGAAACUGGAAACACAACAUAGCAAGACGGAAUGUAGACACAACUUCUACUCCUUAAGAGUUGUCAAAAGCUGGAAUUCGCUGCCGGCCGAGCUAGUCCAGGCGACUUCUCAGGAGUCCUUCAAGAGGCAACUUGACCUAUUCUUAAGGACCAAGGACAGCAUCGCACUAUGAUUUACCAAUUUCUUUUCCUCUUUUAUUGUUAACAUACCUAGGUUCCUGCCUGGAGGAUUUGGUGAUCCCCUGCUACUAGACACGGAAGCCUGUUAAGCGAAAGCUUCUUCUAUUCCGUCCACAACCAUUUGAACCAUUUGAACCAUUUGGAUCGUGAUUUUUCAACAACUGCGGUACUAUAUUUUUAUUAUGCUCCAGUGUCUUGAUAGCCAGAAGGUUGCUGCUGAUGCCGAUAUGGAAGCUCGAAGUACUUACUAUACUCUAGUUUACCUAGUAGGUGUUCCAGAUAUAUCAGAGGCGUCUAAUUCCGAUGGAACUUCCCAGACGUCUGUUCGAACACUAACAAGGACUCGAUGUAAAAAGCUUGGAAGUGAAUCCAGUCUUGUUUCUGGUCUGCCGAAAAUAAAACCAGCAUCUCAAACAAGGAAAUCUAUGAGAUCUAGAGUUUUAUCAAACAGAAGUAGAGGAUUGUAUGGUAACUACAAUGGUAAAGGAACCGCACAAAAAUCACGUUCCCGACGUCAUGUACUUAAAAGAGAGGUAAUUUGUAUAUUGAUUUCUUAGUGUCCACCAGACGCAAAAAUUGGGAAACCCUCCAGCUCUUAUUAGCCUUCGCAAUUGUGUCUACCAUGAGGUUGCUUUAAUCUUAGUAAUGUCUUAUUUCUAGAAUGUUUGGUAUCAUGUGGGCGAUAUAGUUUCGCUAUUGGAUGUUGAUGGUGAAGUUUUCUAUGCCCAAAUAAGAGGUAAUAAGUCUUUAUUGAUGUAAGUAUCAGGACUGGCCACUGAUUUGGUUGGUGAUAGUUGCUGCUUCUUAACUUGGUUGAUCCCAACUUCGGGUUGCAGGGAUGAAGAAUUUCGACCAUCAGAUUAUAUAAUAGGUUAUUUGGUUUUUUCUUACUUCUUAGUUUUAUAGGUAUGGAAGAAGAUGUACUGAGGGAUCUGCGUUGUUGUAAACUAGUGUGUCGUUGUCCUUCUGAUUAUUUCCAACCUAUUGCCAGCCCAUAUACUAUACAGUCAUUUAAGUAAAUACUUCCCAAUCGUGUUUCUUUAACCGCGGAACUUGUGUAAAUAUGUACAUAUAAGCUGUAAAAAUUAAUUUUUGCUCCUUUUUAAUUUGUUGUAAACUAGAUUAUUUAUAAAAUCUGAGUUUUAUCUCCUAUA